GUGAAGGAAAAAGGAGUGCUCACUGGCAAGGGAGAGAGAGAGAGAGAGAGAGAGAGAGUGGGUGGGGGUGAGUGGGAGAGGAAGAAUGAGGAAGACGAUCCUCCCUCUCUCCACUCCGGUUCCAAGCCGAGCACACAUGCGGGCUGUGCUGAUGAGGCUCCGCCGCCGCGGUCAUUCAGGUCGCUCCGGGGCCGCUCCAUGGAAACACGCCGACCACGCUCCCGCCACCAACAACAGAUAAACAAACAAACAAAAGAGGAAGCCGCGGCAAGAAGAAGAAGAAGAAAAAAGUGCCCGUGUGCAUGGGAAUCCGGACUGGUCUGCCUCCCCUCCACCACCACCACCACCACCACCACCACCUCCUCCUCCUCCUCCUCCUCCUCCUCCUCCUCCGACUUGUGUGCGCCUUCGCUCGGGGGCUCCGUCCGCCGCCUCGGUGGUUAUAAGAGGAGCUCCACUCGGCUCACCUCCACUCCAAUCACCUCAACAGCUCCCACGGAAGGUUCAACGACCUCAUUGAUCGUCACCUCACGUCUCUGAUCCGGACGUCAACAUGGCUCUGAGGCUGUCAGUCAUCUCCCUCGUGCUGCUUGUCAGACUUCAGCCUUUGCUGGCCGGCGCUCCCCCCGAGCCUAGCUUAGGCGGCUCAGUGUCGGUGGUGUCCGCCAAUAAGACGGACUGCAGCAAGGCGGCGGAAUGCUCGCCCGGUGUCAUGCUGCCCGUGUGGGAGCCGAUGAACCCGUCUUUUGGCGACAAAGUGGCCCGGGCGACCGUGUACUUUGUAGCUCUGGUGUACAUGUUCCUGGGCGUGUCCAUCAUCGCUGAUCGCUUCAUGGCAUCUAUCGAGGUCAUCACCUCCCAGGAGAAGGAGAUCACCAUCAAGAAACCCAACGGCGAAACCAGUACCACCACGGUGCGCAUCUGGAACGAGACGGUGUCCAACCUCACUCUCAUGGCUCUGGGCUCCUCGGCUCCGGAGAUCCUGCUGUCCGUCAUCGAGGUGAUGGGCCACGGUUUCAACGCCGGGACCCUGGGCCCCUCCACCAUUGUGGGCUCAGCAGCCUUCAACAUGUUCGUCAUUAUCGGGAUUUGCGUUUGGGUGGUGCCCGACGGCGAGACCAGGAAGGUGAAGCACCUGCGGGUGUUCUUCGUCACCGCGUCCUGGAGCAUCUUUGCCUACAUCUGGCUCUACCUGAUCCUGUCGGUCAUCUCGCCCGGCGUGGUUCAGGUGUGGGAGGCCCUGCUCACCUUCUUCUAUUUCCCCAUCUGCGUUGUAUUCGCUUGGAUAGCCGACCGCCGCCUGCUCUUCUACAAGUACGUGUACAAGCGCUACAGGACGGGCAAGCAGCGUGGCAUGAUUAUCGAGACCGAAGGCGACCGGCCGCUUCCUUCUAAGGUGGACAUCGAGAUGGACGGCAAGAUGCUCAACUCUCACGGCGUGGACUUCCUGGACGGCCCGCUGGGUUUGGAUAUCGACGAGAAGGACCUGGAUGAGGAGGAGACCCGCAGAGACAUGGCCAAGAUUCUCAAGGAGCUCAAGCAGAAGCACCCUGACAAAGAGGUGGAGCAGCUAAUAGAGCUGGCCAACUAUCAGGUCCUGAGCCAGCAGCAGAAGAGUCGGGCUUUCUAUCGGUGCCAGGCCACCCGACUCAUGACGGGCGCGGGCAACAUCUUGAAGAAGCACGCCGCCGACCAGGCGCGCAAGGCUGUGAGCAUGCACGAGGUGCGCUCCGACGCCGGCGACAACGACCCCGUCUCCAAGGUGUUCUUUGAACCCGCCACCUACCAAUGCCUGGAGAACUGCGGCACAGUGGCGGUGAAUGUCCUGCGGCGCGGCGGCGACCUGACCAAGACCAUUUCUGUGGAGUACCGGACCGAGGACGGGACGGCCAACGCUGGCUCAGACUACGAGUUCACUGAGGGCGUGGUGGUGUUCAAACCUGGCGAGACAGCCAAGGAGAUCCGCGUGGGAAUCAUUGACGAUGACAUCUUCGAGGAGGAUGAGAACUUCCUGAUCCACCUGUCCAACGUUAAAGUUCUGGCCUCAGAGGGCGAGGAGCCCACGGAGGAUGAGUCAGCCAACCACGUGGACUCUGUGGCCUGUCUGGGCCUGCCAGCCACGGCCACCGUUACCAUCUUCGACGACGACCACGCAGGUAUCUUCACGUUCGAGGAGCCCGUGUUCCACGUGAGCGAGAGCGUGGGCACCAUGGAGGUGAAGGUGCUGAGGACGUCGGGCGCCCGCGGUUUGGUCACACUGCCCUACAAGACGGUGGAGGGCACGGCGCGGGGCGGCGGCGAGGACUUUGAGGACGUGCACGGUGUGCUAGAGUUCCAGAACGACGAGAUCUUGAAGAGCAUAACGGUUAGGAUCUUAGACCGUGAGGAGUACAAUAAGCAGUCCUCCUUCUACAUUCUGCUUCAAGCCCCCCAGUGGAGGAGAUGCAACAGGACAGAUUGGACAGAGGAGAAGCAGAAGCAGGAGGAAGCGGAGGAAGUUGCAGAGGAAGAAAAGGCCCUGACGGGGAAGGACGAGGAGGAGAGGCGCAUCGCCGAGAUGGGUCGGCCCAUGCUGGGAGAUCACGUCAAACUGGAGGUGGUCAUCGAAGAAUCCUACGAGUUCAAGAACACCGUUGACAAACUGAUAAAGAAGACCAAUCUGGCUCUGCUGGUGGGGACUAACAGCUGGAGAGACCAGUUCAUAGAGGCCAUCACUGUGAGCGCAGGCGAGGACGACGACGACGACGAGUGCGGCGAGGAGAAGCUGCCGUCUUGCUUCGACUACGUGAUGCACUUCCUCACCGUCUUCUGGAAAGUCCUGUUCGCCUUCGUGCCGCCCACCGACUACUGGAACGGCUGGGCGUGCUUCGUCGUGUCCAUCUGCAUGAUCGGACUGCUCACCGCCGUCAUCGGCGACCUGGCGUCUCACUUCGGCUGCACGGUGGGCCUGAAGGACUCGGUCACCGCCGUGGUGUUUGUCGCGUUGGGAACGUCGGUACCAGACACGUUUGCCAGCAAGGUGGCGGCCAUCCAGGAUCAGUACGCCGACGCCUCCAUUGGCAACGUGACGGGCUCGAAUGCCGUCAAUGUGUUCCUGGGCAUCGGGGUGGCGUGGUCCAUCGCCGCCAUCUACCACCAGAGCAACGGCAACGAGUUCCGGGUGGACCCGGGCAAGCUGGCCUUCUCCGUCACGCUCUUCACCAUCUUUGCCUUCAUCUGCGUCGCCAUGCUGAUGUACCGGCGGCGGCCCGAGAUCGGCGGCGAGCUGGGCGGGCCGCGGACUGCCAAGGUGCUGACCACCAUGCUGUUCGUCAGCCUGUGGCUCCUCUACAUCCUCUUCUCCUCGCUGGAAGCCUACUGCCACAUCCAGGGCUUCUAGGAUGGCGAAUAAGCCGGUCCAAGGGGGAUUUUUUUGGGGGGGGAGUUCAAGGCGGUCAGGUCGGCCUAUCAGUCCCUCCCUCCCUUUUUUUUUUUUUUGGCGGAUGAACUGACGGAAGAAUGGAUGAAGGAUUGGAAAAUGCGCCAGCGCGUCUAGAAACGGCAAGCGAAGGAAAUGUGGACACGGAAUCACAGGCACUUGAAUUUGAAUGCAUUUCUUGACUUAACUUAAAACAAAAGCCACUUCAAAAAAAAACCAAAAACAAACAAAAAAAAAAAAGGUCUUUAAAUUUGGCGUCCGUAGAGCUCACACAGCUGGUAGAAUUUUUAAGUGGUGCGACCGAGACUGAUUCGUUGUGUUUGUGAGUCCAUGCAUGAGCGGACCAUACUGACAACACGGCCACAGGAGAGCCAGUUUGUGUGUGUGUGUGUGUGUGUGUGUGGACAUCACCGCUGCUUAGGGACUUAAGUACCGAGUCGUCAAGUACUGUGAAAACAAACAGCCAACAACGACAAAAAAUUCUUCGCCUCUUUGUUUUUGCCGCGUGAGACUGAAAACGCUUUCGUUAAAGUAUCCGAUCCGUUUUUUUUUUGUUGUUGUUGUUUUUCCUUUGGCCUAUAGAAACGCUGAGUCGUCAUCCCUGAGACGUAAGUAAAGCUGAGCUUACUCGCGUUUUUCUUUCUUUUUUUUUUUUUUUUUUGAAUGCGGCUCACUGCGAAUGUUUUUCCCGGUUGCGCUCUCCUGGAUGUCUUUAUACUGUAGAAGGGGGUUAUGAAAAUGUGUGCUUAUACCUUUAAGAAGGCCUCGUCUGAUAGGACAACGUGGCCGCCGUACCGUUUAAAACUGUUAAGAGUAUUACGAGUGCAUAUAUAAAUAUAUAUAUAUAAAUAUAAAUAUAUAGAGAUUAAUUUUAUGUGUUUGUUUUCCACUAAUGUACAGUAGAUGUACAAAAAAAUACAAAAUAAAAUUUAGGUACCACUCUGUGAAACCUCAUGUUCCGACGCCUCGCCGCCAUUUCGUUUUCGCUUCACGUUUUUCAUGUACGUCUUAAACCGCAACCCCCCCCCCCCCCCCCCCCGAACAAUCAAUGAACCAUUCCAAAUCCUGAAGGGCUGACCUACAUUUACGACCACCUACCCUGAGCCACAAUUUGUCACCUUGCUCGUAGUUUCGUCUUUAAGGUACUCGAAUAAAAAAAAAAAAAAAAAAGUGUCGGUAAUUCUUGACCUUUGGAGUAUUUUGACUGAGCAAAAUGUAUUCAGAGAGCUGGGAACUGUUUCAUUUAUGGUGGCAGGGGGGCAUCAUAUGUCUCAUUUAAACUCCCUGUAAAGUGAAAAUAAAUGUAAAUUUGACACGCCGCAGAGAAGAGAGUUGUUGACAAAACUGCUAAAUUUAAAUUCUAUAAAAAAAAAAAAAAAAUGACCAAGUUAAUAAAAUGAAGAUUCAAAAUGGUGAAAAAUCAAUCUCUCGAACAACGUUCUUUUUUCUACCUUCUUUCCGUGACGUGCGUGCACUCACAGCCGACAACGAGGCACUCUAAAGCAGCCGCACCAGAGUGUGACGCCCCUGUCCAUAUGCUGGCUCUCAAGUUAGACUUUAAAAAAAUAAUAAUAAAAUCCCCCCUCCUUGCUCUUCUGCCUUUCUCUGCAUGACUUGGACGCACUCACAGCCAACAACGAGGCACUCUACAGUAGCCACGGUCACUGAAUUCACUUUACAGGGUCUUUAAAGGUAAUUGAAAGUAUUUUUCAUUCAGUUUUGUGGCAGAAACCGACGCACGCAAGGUCUUACGACUUGGCUUUUGGUUAUUUGUCUCGAUUGUUUCCAAGUUAAUAAUGAUCGUUGUCGUUGGCCAGAACUUUCCUGCUGAUAUCUUCUUUGACUUGCCAUAUCUUAUUUAAAAAAUGUAAUUUGCAAUUAGGUAGUUGGAAGCGUGGAGCCACUUGAAACCGAUUCAAACGCCCCUUGUGCGAAACUGGAGGCGAGCAAAGCCGUGGACCGGACGAGUUUGGCGAAAAUAUCUCAAAAUCAUGACUCUGGAAUGGCGCUCAUCUCCCUGAAUGACUGAAUUCAUACAUCGAUAAUGAUAAUAAUAACAAUAACAAUACUAUAGGCCCGACUCUUGCAUGAUGCACGACUUUUUUCCCCAUUUGGAGUUUUCCUCGAAGGCCUUCGAGUGGCAGUUUACCCCUGUUUUUUGUCAAAGGGAAAUAUUUCUAUGUGAAUAUUUGCUCUCCAAGUGACUGUACAAGGGUUUUUUUUCUAGCCGAAGAGAUCUUUUCUUAAAAACAAAAACAAACAAAAAACAACCAAAAAAAAGUCCAAUUUAUUCACCUUCUUAAAAGCUUGUUGAGAACCUAACCACGUUGAACAUUUCUGUAUGUAUUUGUCUCUUCACUGGCAUAGAGCUGAAGGUUUAUCCACUGUAAAAAAAAAAAAAAAGUGUGCUUAUCGGUGGAAGCUGUCACUUUUUGAGUAUCUUCAACUCUGUUAGCUUUGAGCGUGGCUCCACGUGGUUGGACUUACUGAAAACGUACACGCUUUCCCAAUUGUGUUGGAGCACAGGAAUGAAAAGCUUGUAGUCGCGUAUACGUAGCUGUUUGCAUCCAAUUAGGUAGCUAGCCUUUGUCUUUUAAUGGACAAUGAGAUCAUUUUGCGAUUGUUGUGUGACGCUUCUUCGAGCCCGACCAGGCUUGGACAGAUGCUCUGCUCGUGCUGCAUUCGAGACCACUGGGAGUUUGCGAAAUUUGAAAUAAAAGCGUUACUGAGAACAAAAAAAAACACACACACACACACACAACUGAUGACCAGGAAGAUCUACUAAAAAAUAUAUAUAUAUUUAUAUGUAGAUCUCCAAGUAACACCAUCAUGACCAACAUUAAAAUACAGUAGCUAGGAGGCCUAAGUGUUCAUUGGAAACGAGACAGAGGUUUUAUUUCUAAAAGGUAUUUUUAAUAUUAUACAUAGUAAGCCACUGUAACACUAUUCUAUUUGAACAUUAGCACGGCACCUAAAUAUAGAAAAAUACAAAAAUAAAAACCUACUUAAAUAAUGAUUCAAUUAAAAUUGAUUGCACAUAAAGAAGUUAAAUAGAAAUCAUACCUUAAUUUAAAAACAAAUACAUUUUGCUUUCUAUUUGGCUUUUUUUUUUUUAUGUCAACACAGAACAGUACCAAUGGUGACAAAAAGGGAAAUGUGUGACAAUGCCCUAAGAACCAGAAUUUGAACAUAUAGAAAUGGAGAACAUCUGUAUCGAAUUUGGCACCAGCCAAAUUAUGUACCUGACGUCAUAAGAAACAUGAUUAACACUACGAAUGCAUUUUGCUUUUUCUUUGGCUGUUUUUUUUUUUUUUUUUUUAAAUGAUGGCAACUAAGAAAAUUACGCCAAUAAUCCAAAAUCACAAAAUGGAACUGAUGUAGAAUACGUAUAAAAUGGCGUUCACAGGAAGCUUCGCAGUUUUCUCGAAGGCAGCAUUAGCCCGACCGAGCUAGCAGUGACGCUAACAGGGCAGAAAUGGACACUUUGUUUUUUUUCAAUGAAGGAAAAAUAUUUGCACUGACUUUGUGGCUUCUGUGAAAACGGCUUCUGCUGUUUUAUUUGUUUUGUCGAAGUUGCUUACAAUGUAAACAACCACGUUGCACCUAAUGUAAAAAAGAAAGAACAACACCGACAACAAAACGACGCCAUUUACCUCCUGGUUGACCUCCUGACUGAUUGAGCAACGGACGAAUGGACGGACAUGAACUGGGACGACGGCGUGAAAUGACGCGAAACAGAAAGCGGAGGUCGGGAGUGGGGAAUGAAGUUACAGCCAUAUUUCGUUGAUUUGUGGGUCAGCGAGCGUAUGUGUGUACCGUCCUGGUGUCUUAUCUGUCCUCGAUUGCUUUUGUCUUCUCCACUCGCGCAAAACUGAACGUAAGGCAACGGCCAGUUUGUCUAUCUGCAUCUCUCUCCACGUUUUUUUGGGAAUGUCGACGUGCUACUUGUGGACACAGUGCAUGAAUGCCACCGUGUGUGUACAUAGUCGAAUUAUAGAGAAUCGUAUCCCAUCAUCCCAAUUAAAAAACAAACCAAAAAAAAAAAAAAAAAGUCAGAAUGCUGUACAGAUGUUGCCGAAUGCUGAACAGGAUUUCUCUUCAUUGUCUUAAUUUAAACAAUGAUUUUGGAAGUAACUUGCACAUUACGGUGAAGGAAUAUUAGGGCCACACUCAACAGACAAAAAACAAUUAUUACAGACAAGAGAUUAAAGUUGUAUAUUUUCGACUAAAAAAGUGACACGUUUUUGAGGGGAAACAAAGUUGUAUUUUUUUUCUCCUAAAAUUAACUUUUUAUCUAGUACAUAUCGCUAGCCUAAUAACAUAAAGUAGUUGCCCAAGUCAUUUAUGAACAUUUUCGGAAAACAAGAAAAAAAAAACACAAUUAUUUGCCAGUACAUUGGUAUAGCAUAAAAUAAUGGCAAAGUAAUUUUCAAUUUAUACUAUCAACGUAUCAAUAAAAAAAAAAUAAAAAAUGCAAUGUCCUUCCUAAAAAUUGUGGUGUUUUUUUUUUUCUUGUUUUCUGAAAAUGCUCAAAUAUGAUUUAGGCUAAUGAUAUACAACUUUAUUCUGAUACAAUUACAACUUUUUUAAAAAUCGAGUGUUUUUUCUCGAAUGACUUUAAUCUUAAAAAAAAAAACUUUUAUCUCCAAAAUAAAGGACUUUUGAUCCCAAAAAUUACAUUGUAAUUUUAAUCCCAGAAUUAUGCAACUUCAUUAACCUAAAAUUACCACUUUAAUAUCCCAAAUAUACUUUUUGUAUCUUGAAAUUAUACAAAUUCAAACUUGAAAAUAUAUGACUAAUCUAGAAAAUACAGCUUUUCAUUUAGAAAAUGUACUUCUCAUAACUUUACAAUUUUUUUGGGAAAUUAUACAAAUUAUGAUUUUAAUCUAAAAAUUUGACUUUUUAUUUUAAAAAUUGACACUUUAUUUUCAUAGAAUUCCGACUUUAAUACUAGUAAAGUUGUAUCUGUGCUAGAUAAAAGUAUAUUUCUUUUUUAAAAUGUGUUUUAAGGGAAAGAAACGUAUAUUUUCUAGAGAAAAAAAGUUAAAUAUUUUCAAGAUCAAAUGGAUAAUGUUAUCAGAACAAAGGUUUUUUUUUCUUAAAAUAGACAACUUUUUUCACCUCAAAUUACAUCUUUAAUCUUGAAAAUGUACAACUUCUUAUCCAGAACAUAUAUGGUUUUAUUCUCAUAAAAUUAAAAUGUUGAGCAGAUUUUGUUUGAUUAUUAUUUAACUUGGCUCGUUAGAUCAAGCCUAAUUGAAACUUUUGAUCUAAAAAAAAAUGUUUUUAAAUUUAUCUUAAGCAUACAUGACUUCAUUGUCAUAAAAUGAUGCCUUUAAUCUUAAAAAUACAAAACUUUAUUCCCGUAGUCAUUUCAUUGCUUUUUUUUUUUUUUCAAGGUGGUCCUAAUACGCCUUCAUAUAUUACUGCUUUGUUUUGUCCUUUUCAAACAAAUGGAGCGGAAAAGGCAAUAUCUGCUGUGAUUGGACAAGAAAGACGGCUUGAUAGCCUACGUGACAUAAAAACUUAUGUUCUCGUGAAAGAAAUACUAUUGUGUGUAUACUGUAUAGUGUUAUUAAAAGAAAAUAAGCGCAGGUGGGCUUCAUCGCACGCCCUUGAGAGAAAUCAUUUAUUCGUGGCUUAAAGAAAGUGAAGUCAAGAAUGACACACAAUCCAGUUUUAUUGCCUUUUGGGGACAUGUUUGUUUUUUUUUCAACUUUCUUUGAAUUCCACACGGGGCAUUUCAGAUGAGAUUUUUUUUUUUUUUUGAAUUGAUUUUGUUUUUGUUGUUGGUGGUCUGCCUUCCCAUCAUGCUUUGCUCCAUCCACUUUUCUCUCACAGUUAGCAAAUCGAAUCGUGUUUGGUAACAUAGGGACGUUGUUUUUCGCCUCUGUCCUCUUUGUGUGUAAACGUGUUUUUUGUUGAAAGAUUCUUAAUAUUAUUUGUCAGAGACCAACGGGGAAAUUAUUUGUGUGUGUGCGCGUUUGUGUGUUCAUGCGCGCGUGUGUGUUGCCACUAACUGUGACUGCUCUCCAUGGUACUUCUGAUUAAAAAGCUAAUAAAAUAAAGUUUGGGAUACCCUGUUUCAGAGACA